CAUUGCAACCAGCUCAGUCAGUAUUUGCGCGUCGCCGUCGUCGGAGAAGAACGGGUGGCAAUAGUCCACCUUCGAGUUGUUCAAGAAGACUGUAGGCAGUUUAGAAGUUUUGCAAAGUGAUCGGAUGCGCGAUCGCGGCACAAAGUAGUGAGCGCCAAAGGCGAUUAAAAUCUAGAAUUCAUAUUAGGCAACCAGUCGUGACCGUGGUGUCGUGAAAGUGAUUUUUUAUCGGUGAAAAAUCUUCGUACAAGUUGAUAACUUGUUGACUCAGCAACGAUGAAGCGUCUCCAAUCCCGGCAGAUCGUGUUCUUUGUUCUGCUGCUUCUGGCGGUGACGAUGCCGGUGUUAGUUCCUGGUCAGCAGUAUACCGGCGUAAAAUCUGUAUCGCCAGCGUCGUCAUCGGACAACACAGAAGAAGUAGUCAAGUCAUCAGAGCAGAAGGGUGGAGGAACAAGCUCAGGGAUCUCCGCCCGGUCUAUUGACAAAUUCGAAGCCAACGAGCUGCCCGACGGUGAUAGCAAGAUCAUCAAACUUGAUAUCAAGCAGGUUGAACCUAAAGUCACAUCCGGGUCUAGAGGUGCCCGCAAUUUGGGAUUCUCGGCCGAUGUGUCGUUGAACUCAAUUCCAGGAGGUUUGAACAAUGAGCUGACCAGCGGAGAUUUUAAGAUUCCGGUGACACCACCAUCGGCCGUAGCUAAGGACAGCUAUGGAAACCCAGUAACUCCCUUUGCAGAUGUUGGCACGACAGGACUGGACGCUGCCGGAUUUGUGCAGGACUUCAACAGGGAUACACUGCAGGGAUCGAACAAUAACCAAUACAGUCACUUGGACUUCAAGCUACCCAGCUAUGCUUCUGGAAUCAUCCAACCCGUACAACUUCCUUCGCUUUCUCCUAGCAGUUUUCAUUCACAAAACGACCAAAACCAAUUUGCCCGUCAACCGACUACAACUAACAGAAUUCCAACCACAACACCUUUCCAAUUUGUCCCGAACGCCAAAAUUCCAACUAUAGGCGAUGGACAAAUCCUUUUCGCUCAGAAACCAUUGAACGGUCUUAUUCCUCCGAUAUUUCCUGGAGAAGAACUGCCGGUCUAUAAAGUCGAAGUCGGAACCGAACGAUCGCCAAUUUUUGCAAGAGAUCCAUUCGGUUCACCAACCUUGGAUAAAGGUCUUACACUACCUCAUGCCACUCCUCCAGUGAACUUCAAUCAAGGAUCGCCACAGAAUCCACAAGUCCCUCUUCAGGUGCCUUUAUCGCUGGCACCGCUGCCUCCUCAACAGACGCAAACUCCUCAGCAGCAUCAAUUCCCUCCAUCAUCCCAAUCCCAUCAAGUCCAUCAGCAACCACAGUUCAAACCAACGCAAGCUCCCGUUCAAAAGUUCACCGGAUCAUUCGGAGGUGCACCAGGUUUUCUUGGAAGUCAACAAAACCUGGGAACUGCCUAUACCUCAACUCCUAAACCAGCCCAAUCCACAGCUCCACAAAGUUAUCCAACGCCUCCUCCAACCCAUGUCCUUCCUAGCAUCCAACAAACAUCAACCCCUACCAAGCCUCCCAACAAAUUCACCGGAAGCUUUGGCGGCGCCCCAGGUUUCCUCGGCAACCAGCAAAAUCUAGGCACUGCCUACACCUCUACCCCCAAACCUGCUCAACCUAUCAUCCCACAAACUCCCCCACCAGCACAAACGACUCAUUUCGCACCACCCGUCCACCAAGCUGCGCACCCCACUCAACCCCCUAACAAGUUCACCGGCAGCUUCGGCGGUGCCCCCGGCUUUCUUGGAAAUCAGCAAAAUCUUGGCACAGCCUACAAGCCCACAACGUCCAACCCGUCGACUCCUCAAAGACCCGUCUCGUUCCAACCCGCUCCACCGCAGCCAACAUUCCAGCAACCACAGCAGUUCCCGCAAACACAAGCACCGAGCAUCAUCCGCCCACCAAGCCCCUUCCAACCAUCAACACAACACCAGCAGCAGCAGCCGCACCGCCCCGGUCAGUUUACAGGAAACAAGUUCAGCGGUAGCUUCGGUGGUGCCCCAGGACUGCUCGGUAAUCAGCAAAAACCCGGCACGCACGUGAAACCCGAUGGCACUAUUCUGCCUCCGUCUGGACCGGGACUGGCUGGAUCGAACUUCACUCCAAGCACCACCAUCACCACGGGUAACGUCAUUCAUAGGCCUUCGGUGGCCAGCAGUGGUAGCACUUUCACAGGAAGCUUCGGCGGUCCACCGGGCGUCCUGCGUCCGUUCGAUAAUGUGAAGGGUUAGGUCGAAGGGCGAACAGGCAGGUAGGGCAACCCAGGUUACCGCGAAAGUAUUCGAUUGAGUGACAGUGAUUAUCGAUUAGAUAGAUCCGUAUGACUGUAGAGGUUAAGUUUAAUGAUAAGCAAAUUUUCUCAGAUCACUUACAACAAAACCAUGAAGCAUUUUUCUUAUCGAUACGACUUAUUAAUGAAAUAAAUUAUUUAUGAAUCUA